GCUACUCAAGAAGAAGCUGCAACAGCAUAUGACAUGGCUGCCAUAGAGUACCGAGGACUUAACGCCGUUACAAACUUUGACCUCAGCCGUUACAUCAAGUGGCUACGUCCUAGUAAUCAGAAUAACCCUAACAACUCUCAACCAAACCUAGACGGUGAAGUUAAUCCAAUUAUACCAAGUUCUAAUUCCGAGCUUGACUCGAGCCUUACGUCCCACGACCAAGCCAGCUCGAGUGCGGCUAGUGACACAACCCUAGCUCCUCCACGGCCCGGUGGCAGUGGCUCGGCGUCGUCGGCGCUCGAGCUUUUGUUGCAGUCAUCCAAGUUUAAAGAAAUGCUGGAGAGAACUUCGGUGCUUAACAGUCCGUUAACGCCUCAAGAAUCAGACACGCCUCGUCGGAGCUUUCCCGAUGAUAUUCAGACGUACUUUGACUGCCAAGACGACUCAGGGAGCUAUGUCGAGAGUGAUGACAUUAUCUUUGGGGACUUAAACUUAAUUGCUUCACCAAUUUUUCACUGUGAACUUGAUCCUUGAAGACGAGGGUUAUGUGAAUAUGGACGGAAAAGAAGGGUAAGAGUAAAAAGAGAAAACCAAGAUUUUUCUUCAUCAUAAAAAAAAUAAAAUAUUAAGAUUCUUUUUAUUUUCUUUUAUUUUAUUUUUGGGUUCAAAUGGUUCGAUCUCUACUUUUCUUCAAAAUAUGGGGAGUAGAGUUUGGUUAAUUGUUAUUAGUUAAUUUACAUGUAGAUAAGAAGUUAGACACAUUCAUUCAACAAAUAUUUCUUUUAAUAAGA